UCGGUGCCGAGCCGCCGAGCUGUGCGGAUCGUAGCGUGUUAGUCGGGGAUACUGUCGUUCGUCGCCGCCACUCUACAAGGGGUUAGUCGCGUGGUGCGUGCGCGCGGGUUUGUCAGUGGGGGCGUAUCUUGACCGAAAUCGUGACACGGGACAGGAGUGACACAGGAUGAGCGGAUUGCUAAAGCUGUCGGCGUCGUUGCUGCCGAGGAAUCUGCCCGGAACGGCGACGUUGAACAAGCUAGGACUGCCGCUACUCGGCAACCGGAAGCUGCAUCACACGCCGGACGGACGAGCGGCCAAGAUCUCCGACGCGAUCUCCAAACAGUACCCGUUAGUGGAUCACACGUAUGAUGCGGUCGUGGUAGGAGCUGGCGGUGCCGGUCUUCGCGCGGCCUACGGCCUGGUGGCCGAGGGUUUCAAGACAGCGGUGGUCACCAAACUGUUUCCCACGAGAUCGCACACAGUAGCCGCCCAGGGCGGCAUCAACGCCGCUCUGGGCAACAUGGAGGAUGACAACUGGCAGUGGCAUAUGUACGAUACCGUCAAGGGCUCGGACUGGUUGGGCGAUCAGGACGCUAUUCAUUACAUGACCCGCGAGGCCCCCAAUGCCGUCAUCGAGCUGGAGAACUGCGGCAUGCCUUUCAGUCGAACUAGUGACGGCAAGAUUUAUCAACGUGCGUUUGGCGGUCAAUCACUCAAGUUCGGCAAGGGCGGACAGGCUCACCGAUGUUGUUGCGUAGCCGACAGAACCGGUCAUUCCUUGCUGCACACGCUCUACGGCCAAUCACUGAGUUACGACUGCAACUACUUCGUCGAAUACUUCGCACUCGACCUGCUGAUGGAGGACGGCGAAUGUCGCGGUGUGAUUGCGCUCUGUCUCGAAGACGGAACGUUGCAUCGGUUUCACGCCAAAAAUACGGUACUCGCCACCGGUGGCUACGGACGCGCCUACUUCUCCUGUACGUCCGCGCAUACCUGUACCGGCGAUGGCACUGCCAUGGUCUCCAGGGCCAAUCUACCCAACCAGGAUCUUGAAUUUGUACAAUUUCAUCCCACAGGUAUCUAUGGCGCCGGAUGUCUGAUCACGGAAGGUAGCCGCGGCGAAGGCGGUUAUCUAAUAAACAGUGAAGGCGAAAGAUUCAUGGAACGUUACGCACCGGUAGCAAAAGAUCUGGCAUCGCGAGAUGUGGUGUCUAGAUCUAUGACAAUGGAGAUUAGAGAGGGCAGAGGCGUCGGACCGGAGAAGGAUCACAUUUACUUACAGCUACACCACCUGCCGGCUGAACAGCUGGCCGCUCGAUUGCCGGGAAUUUCGGAGACGGCAAUGAUAUUCGCUGGUGUCGACGUGACUCGGGAACCUAUCCCCGUCUUACCCACCGUCCAUUAUAAUAUGGGAGGUGUACCGACAAACUACAAAGGUCAGGUGUUAACCAGGGAAAACAAUGAGGAUAAAGUAGUGCCCGGAUUGUACGCAUGCGGUGAGGCAGGUUGUGCAUCUGUUCACGGCGCCAAUCGACUAGGCGCCAAUUCUCUGUUGGAUUUAGUCGUAUUUGGACGUGCUUGCGCUAAAACUAUUGCCCAGGAGAAUAACCCUGGCGAGACGAUUGGAUCUCUCAAGCCUAAUGCGGGUGAAGAGACGGUAGCUAACUUAGAUUGGGUCAGAAACGCUAACGGCUCCAUAUCCACUGCGGAAUUGCGGCUGACCAUGCAGAAAACUAUGCAGACACACGCGGCGGUAUUUAGAGAAGCCCAGACCUUGCAGGAAGGUUAUCGAAAGAUGGUCGAUCUCUACAAGAAACUCGAUGAACUGAAGGUCGCAGACAGGUCUUUAAUAUGGAAUUCUGAUCUGAUAGAGACGUUAGAACUACAAAAUCUCAUGGUCAACGCGAUGCAGACCAUUGCAGGGGCAGAGAACAGAAAGGAGAGUCGCGGCGCGCAUGCUCGCGAAGAUUACAAGGACAGAAUUGACGAGUACGAUUACAGUAAACCGAUUGAGAACCAGCAGCCGAAGCCGUUUGAUCAGCAUUGGAGAAAACACACGCUAUCAAAAAUCAAUCUGAAAACGGGAGAGGUGUCUCUCGACUACAGACCGGUGAUCGAUGUUACGCUCAACCAACAGGAAUGCGCGACAGUUCCACCAGCGAUUCGUUCCUAUUAAAUAUUCUAUAAAUAGAAUAUUAGAAUCCAUCCCCUUAGAAUGAAUUUUUAUUGAGCGCCACUGAAUUUUGGUCUGCGCACGAUUCUCAACACUGUUUAAAUGAUCGCACUUUUAGAUCGAAAUAGCGCAACGGGAAUCGUCGUCGCGGCGAUCUUUGCUCUACUAAUAUUACUACUGUGCGCAGCAGAGGUAUUAAUUUAUUUCACACGCAUACACAUAUAUAUGCACACACAAACUUCAUAGUUCGCCAAAGUUGAUUCUUGUCAUCGCUUGCGCCGCGAGUCGCAAGCAGAAUUAGUGGUCCUUGUAGGAUGCUGAGAUUAUUGUCUUCUCGUCUUGUAUAGAGGAGUUCGAUCUCGCUCAGCGGAAUCGAUAGCUUCAGUUCAUAAAAUAAACGAAAUCAGAACCGAAUCGUGAUAAUAGGAGUCCGGAUAUAAAAUACGGACAUUUUGGAGAAAUGCGUUUUCUUUCCUCCUAUAAUAUAAUACAACGUAUCCGGUUAUCGCGAUAUUUUUGCGCUCAAGCCACACUACAACGUACUUUCGCGUGCAACAUCUACGAAGAACUUCGUGUAAUAUCGAAGAAAAUCGAGUAAUGUCAUUAUGCUUGGAUUGCACAAAUUGUUAUAUAAUAAAACUCUUGUAAGUUUUGAUAAAGACUUAUUAAGGAUGUUCAAACACUCCGCUAAUGGGAGUUUCUUGAAUUAUUUAUCGUCUGUGCAAAUGAAGUAUUUAUCGUCUGUGCAAAUAUUUAUUGUACGAUCAUAAUUAAUUUUCGUAAUUUUCAUUUAUUAAUGGAGCGGUGAUAUUCUAUAAAUUAUUGCACGCGAUAGUAUUUUAAUACUAUACUACUAUUAUUAUAUUGUUUUCGAUAUCGAUUUUAUGUUUAUUGUAGUUAUUUAUACAUACUUUUGGCAUUACAGAGAUAUACAGAAUUAUUUGGAAGAUUUAUUUCUAAAUGCUAUUUUUCAUGAUAUGUACUUUUUUUGCAAAUUAAUGAAAAUUAAUAUUGCCGCAAUGUCUGUUAUACAUUUUUGUUUAAAAAUCGUUUAAAUCAUUGGAACAUUUACAGAUGUUAUCUAUGUGCGAAAAUGAUUAGGAGCACAUGAUUCUUAAAAUAAUAUAUUAUUUUCGUUGCGGCUGAAUACUUAUUUUAUAAGAUGACGACAUAGAAGCAAUAUUAAUUGUUUUUUGUGAAAUGUUAUAAAAAUAAAAAAACUAAUACAUUUAUUAUUUUCUUUUAUAAAAAAACAUUGCAUUUUUUCAAAAUAAUUAAUGCUUUUCUUUACUUAGGUGAAAAUUAUUUUAUCAUACCUUAAUUUUUUAGAAUUAGAUAAGGAUAAGUAAUAAGGAAUAAUGAAUAUUAAAAUAUAAUCAUGUGAUAUUUUAAUUUUACCGAUUAAAACUGUUUCUAUGUCGUUUUCUAACAUUGUACUGAUAUUACUUUGUAGAAUACGUGUGUGAGUUUGAGUAAAUAUAUUAAAUAAUAUAUUAAAAUACGCGACACACACAAAUAUAUAAAAUACUAUUAUAAUGUGUAUAAUUAUCUGUAAAAAGAUAAUGUGAGCAUGCUGCUUGGCAUGGUGGAAAUGUAUAUAAAUUGCGAAAAAUGUCAAUAAACCAUUGAUAGAAUUUUUAUUCAACAUAAC